CUUCUCUUCCUAUCAUGGGUGCAUGUGCAUUUGUGGGUGUUUAAUUAAAGAAAAAAAAAUACAAUUAUAGAUGCAUUAAGAUCAUAAUUAAGGAAUGGUGCGGCCCCCUUUUGUGAUUGGUAAUCGUUCACCAAUUAAGUGCCACAGGGGAAUUGUAACCCCCUACACAGAGCGUGUGCACGAACUUCAAAUCCCAUUCUCUCCUUCCCCAAAUUAAUUCAAGGAUUAGCCUCACUCUCUUUUAUGCUGCUUUCUUCAUUAUAUUUUCAUUCUCUAAUUCCCAAAGUUUCCAACUUUCACUCUGACUUUGACGUUUCUCUCAUACCCAUUUUCUCCCAAAUGGAUUCUGUCCAACUUCAGGUUCCAAAGAUUGAGAUUAACCCACACGGCUUCGACUCCCUACAGUACUAUCAAGACCCAUUUCAUGAGAAUGUUUCAUUAGAAGAACAUCUACCGCUCGACAAUUUAUUUGAGUUCAAUUCAAUCCCUUUGGAAUGGAACCAGAACCAACAUCCCCACAUGGGUUUCCAAGGUUUUGAAGAUUUAGGCAGCUGGGAUUUCAUGUUGGACAAUACUGAUUUCACAUCACCUUGUGAUUAUGUUGUGGUUGAUGAAAAGCCUGUGAUCACCAUGGUGGAUUAUUUUGAUUACUCUAACAACCCUACAAGUGAUUUGGAUGAAGCUUCAAGAAUGGCUGACUGGGGAAGUAAUGGGAUUUAUAAUAAGAAGUCGUCUGCUGCAUUGGAAUUGGAUGAGAUACAAAAAUACUUUGACCUCCCCAUCACUCAAGCAGCCAAGAAAUUGAACGUGGGAUUGACUGUUCUGAAGAGGAGGUGCAGGGAACUAAACAUCAUGAGGUGGCCACACAGAAAGAUUAAGAGCUUGAAGGCUCUGAUUGAAAAUGUUAAGGGUUUGGGAUUGACCGAUGAGCUAAAGAUGCUGGAGGAGCAGAAAAGGCUUCUAGAGCAACUGCCAGAUAUGGAGCUAACGGAGAGAGCCAAAAAGCUGAGGCAGGCUUCUUUCAAAGCCAAUUACAAGAUGAAGAGGUCUUUGACCACUGCUCGUCCAUGACUUUAUCAUCAUUCAAAUAUAUCAAUGUCAAACAGAUAUCUCUUUUCUCUGUUAGCAGACUAUUAAGACCACACAUGUUUAGUUAAUAUCCACACAAACAUUAAACAGAUGAGAAAAUCAGGACACGUAUAUGGUAGGAACGGUCAGAUUGAUGUAUCUAUUUUUGAUCAAUCAUCCAUCUCCUUGACUGAUAUUGUGAUCAAAGCUUGUUGAAUGUGUUUUCAUCUCCAUUAUGGAUUUUCUCAUGUUUUUAUCAGUUAUUCAUUUUCUUUAUU